UCUCAACAAGAAAUAAAUUCAAGGGAAAUGGGAAUUUAGAAAGGCACAAAACAUAACUUCAAAUUCUACAUAGUUCUCGGCAUCCCUUUUUGGAGUCUCGCCUCUGCUUCAAUUCACUCAGCCAAGCGCUCUACACCAGUAUCCUCCACCCCUGAAGAACUCGACCCCGAGUUUUGAUCGGGAUAAAGAACACCAUCCUCAUGAUAUGCAUAUAUGUCAGCCACAUUGAACAUGUUAGAAAUAUUCAGUGAGUUGGGAAGAGCAACAACAUAAACAUUGUCAUUAAUUUUCUUUCUCACUUUGAAAGGACCAUACUUCUGGGGCUGCAACUUCUUGUAGCGGAGCUCACUCAAGGAGCCUUAGGCAAUGGCACAACAUCCACUGCAUGCCUGGAAUGGGGGUGUCAACUAAAGAUAAGGGUGUGACUCUCGUGGCUGUGUGCAAGACGUUGUUUUAAGCAAACUCAACUUGCGGUAAUGUGCGUGAGAUCCCACAGUUCAGGUUUUUCUCCACAAACACAUCUGAUCAUAUUUCCCAGCGUCCUGUUGGUUACCUCAAUAUUCCCAUCCAUUUGUGGAUGAGCUGUUGAACUUCUAUUUAACGUUGUUCCAAACAGAAGCCAUAAAGUAACCCAUAAACGAUUGAGAAAUUUGGUGUCCCUAUCCGAAGUAAUGGAUUUCUGAACCCCGUGUAGACAUACAAUCUCCCUGAAAAACAACUUAGCAUAUUAGAAGCAUUAGCAGUAAUCUUGUCGGCGAUAAAAUGAGCCAUCUUGGAAAACCUGUCAACCACCACAAACACAGAGGCCACGCCUUUCUGUGUGCAAGGCAAAUCGAGCACAAAAUCCAUGGAGAGAUCAUGCCAUAUGUCAUUCGAGGUGGGUAGAGGCAUAUAAAGACCGGUAUUUUGAUAUUGGCCUUUAUAAACUUGACAAGUAUAACACUUCUGAACAGCGGUAGCAACAUCUUUCUUCGGGUGAGGCAAAUAAUAACGCUCCUCGAGUGAAGUACAGGGAACAGAGAGCUGGUCUCCUUUAAAAAGAUAACUCACCCAACGUGCAUGCAUUUUGUUUAUGAUCUUCUGGCUAUGAAGAAAUUUCAAAGCAAGAUGGUUAGUGAACAGAACAAUCUCCAUCUGGAACAAAUAAUGUUCCCAUUGCCUAAGAGCACGAAAAUCUGCAUAAAAUUCUUGAUCAUAAAUACUCUACUUCUACCUAGCUUCACUUAAUUUUUCACUAAGAAAUUCAAUGGCCUCUUUUCUUGUGAAAGUACAACACCUAUCUCGACGCCACUUGCAUCACACUCCACUUUAAAUAUCUUAUCAAAAUCAGGAAAGGCAAGAACUGGUGCGGUGCAAAGCUUUUCUUUGAUCAAUGCAAAGCCAUGUUCUUGUUCUAGACCCCAACAAAACUUUCCUUAUUGCAAACACUCGGUAAUGGGAGCGGUAAUGGUGCUGAAAUCUCAAACCAAACGUCUAUAGAAAGUGGCUAAACCAUGGAAACUGUGUACCUCACUAACAGAUUUAGAAAUAGGUCAGUCUCUUAUUGCGUGCACUUUUUCGCCAUCCUCACCAAUAACAAAACCCAAAAGAAGAAACUGGUUGGUGCAGAACAUACAUUUUUUAAAAUUAACACUUGUAUGAGAUUCUGCCGCAAAUGACCCUCCUUAGUUUUGCUAUAAAUUAGAAUUACUCAAAGUAAACAACCACAAAAGAGCCAAUAAAAGGACAAAGAACCUGGUUCAUUAGUCUGAUGAAUGUGCUAGGGGCAUUGGUUAGACCGAAAGGAAUGACCAACCACUCGAAGAGACCAUCCUUACUCUUGAAGGAUGUCUUCCACUCAUCUCCAGGCCUCUUCCGAAUCUAGUGAUAGGUGUUGUGUAAGUCUAUUUUUGAGAAGAAUUUGGAUCCUGCCAACGCGUAAAGCAUGUCAUCCAAGCGUGGUAUUGGGAACCUGUAUUUAAUGGUAAUCUUGCUGAUGGCCUUGCUAUCAACACACAUUCUCCACUGAUUUAAGAACGUGAAGGAUUGGAACAACACAAGGGCUCAUACUUCCUCGAGUGAACCCUUUUUUUAAUAGUUCCUCAGUUAUUUGUCUUAGAAUCUCACUCUACGUAGGGAUCAUUCGAUAACGAGGUAGGUUAGGCAAACUAGAUCCGGGAAUCAGAUAAAUAUGGUGCUGAAUGUUGCGCAUAGGAGGCAGGACAUUUGGCAGCUCCUCAGAAACAAGUUCAUUGAAAUCCCUCAGGAUUUCUUUUACUUCACUCAGGAUCUCUAUCCCCUCCUUAACGGCGCUCAAUAGUGCCUUCACUACUACUGGAUAGAUACAAUCAACAUUCUUGAUGGCUACAUCCAACUCUUUUACAUUAUCUUCCAUGAUAAUAAAGUAGAAUUACAUUAUCAGCUUGAAUUACUCUUUCGAUAAAAGUAGAAGAAGCCUUAGAAAUUUCACAGUGGCAAAGUUUUGACCGAAAUUAGAGAAAAACUAUUAUUCAGUAAUGUGUAAUGUCCCAUAAAAAGUAAUUAGAGAGCUUAAAUACUAUUUAAGAUGUGGUUAAAACCCCAUUUCAAUAAGAAAUAAAUUCUGGGAAAGUAGGAAUUUAGAAAGGCACAAAACAUAAAUUCAAAACUCAAAUCUGUAUAGUUCCCAACAUCCCUUUUCGGAUGUUAUGAAAAGGAUUAAUAGUACUACUCAUACCAAUAAAAUGCAUCUCCUUUUAGUGGAGCUCAUCAGCUAAGAACUCCAAGUUAAGCGUGCUUGUACGGGAGUAGUCUUAGGAUGGGUGACCCCCUGAGAAAUUUCUCAAGACGCGCACGAGUGAGGACAAAGUGGGCGUUUAAGACUUGUGGUGUUUUAUGAGGGUAGUACCAGAGGUCCUGAGAGUAUCUAGGAGUAACAACCCCGGGCCCUAUGGGGCGGGGUGUUACACCUACUAUGAUGACCACUAAGGUCUGAGUGAGGGUUGUGGGGGUGGUGGUGUGAUGAAAUGUUGUGUGAAGUUGUACUUCCAUGAUACCGUGAGGCAAAUCUUAACUCAUCACCUACUAUGAUGACCAAUAAGAUCUGAGUAAGGGUUAUAUGUUGUUACUGUCAUCAAUAUGUUGUAUGAGUAUAGUUGUUUUGUAUUGUGCUGAAUAUUGUUAGGUCCCCUAGAUUUUGAUGAAUAAGGUUUUGAUGAUGGCACCCCUUAUAUCCACUUAAUAUCACUUGAUCUGUAAUUUUGAUCUUGUUGUAUUAUGGUACAAUAUGUGUUGAAAAAGAAAGUACUCAAGGUAAACAAAAGAAAAACAAAAAAAAGAGUAUUAAAAAGAAGAAAAGAAAUGUACCAAAACAAACAAAAGAAUCAAAAAGAAAAAUGGUACGAAAAAAAGUCAACUGAAUUCUUUGCAACCGGCAGCCUCCUGAAAAUAUAAAAUCGGCAGCCUACUGAUUUUGUCUCAAAACCUGCAGCUAGCUACUGGCUUCGUAUUUUCAAGACAAUGCCACUGAAAUCUGUAUUCAUAUCUACAGAGCAACAAAAAAAGGAAAUCAAAAGACCAACUUGCAGUCAAAUAAAAGAAAGGACAAAAAUAUGAAUUUUUUACCAUUUCAUUAAAAUUUCUUAUAACAUUACUUUUACUAAAAUCAAGGGAAUUAUGUACUAAGGAAGCAUUGAACAAACACCCAGCUUAUAUACUCAACGCUACGGCUAAAGAUUAAUAUUUUAUCUUAAGCCAAUCGCUUUGAAAUGAGGAAUACAAGUUGGACAAAGUUACGACCCGUGCCACAAGAAGACAAAAUACAACCAUGCUGCCUUUUGGUCAAGUAGAUCAAUUAAGUGGAUCAACCAACGGUCAAGAUUGAAUCUCUUCAGCCAACGAAAUACAUUCAACAACUCGAGUCUUUAAAUACAGAAGGAGUGUGUGAGAACCAAGUGUCGAGUUAAGAAGGAAAAUAAGCCUACGCGACAUAUUCAACAAAGAAGAAAGUGUUGAUCAGCAUUCAUCCUCUUAGUUCUCACCCACUCAUCUAAGAUCUUAGAAUAGUUCAUAUUCAUAUACAUCUUUAGAUCUUAGUUAGUUGGUAGUUUAGCUUUACUCAUGUAAAAUAUAAUAGUUUGUAAACUCUGGAGGGCGUUGUGAUCAAAUCCAGAAGGUAUGUGAAAUCAAGGACAUGAGUAACUUUUGGCUAGUCAAUGCCUUUAGUGAAAAACCUUGGAGGACUGAGUUGCUUGGAAUGGCGUUCAAAUUCCUGGUGAAAAACCUCACAAUCUAUGCCUGCGGCCAAAGAUAGAUUGGGCACUAAAUGUAAUGGGUAUAUUCAUUUAGUGGAAAUCCAUCUGAAAGAGGGUGGGACUGGAUGUAGGAGGAUUACACCACCUCUGAACUGGGAUAAAUCUUGUGUCACCUUUUACAUUCAGUUCUCACAACACCAACAGUUCUCACUCACCUUCACAUCUUUCCAGUCAUCUCAAAAAAUGCUUCCUAAAACACUUAUCAGUAAACUAUUCAGUUUACUUCAUCUUAGUCUUCUAGGUCCUCAUUCUUGUAUAAAAAAGAGACCUAUCCACAAAGGUCAAAAUCCUUCAUGUCUAUGUGUUUAGUCUAUUCCAAAAAGCCCUACAAUGUUUCAGACUUCACUAUGUCUCUAACACUGGUGCAAUAACCUUUUUCAGCAGCCUGCUCCUUGAGGUGGCUGAUUUCGAUAAACACAUAUAAAUUCUGUUUAACCAUCUUCCAUCAAACUAAAGGAUCAUAACCUUUGUUACUAUAAAGUGUCACACUCAUGAGGUUAAGACUUCCGCUGAAUGUUACAAUAUCUCUCAAAAGAUAUUGAAACUUACUCUAUUAGAGGAGAAAGGGUUGAUGAAAGAAAAAGAUUUCAAAGUCUAUUCACCCCCCCCCCCCCCCCAAGACUUUUACCUCAGAGCAGUUGUUCAUAGAGUCAGUUUCUUGAUCGGCUUAUUUUGAACCAAAGAUCAAUCACCAAUUUCCCAAAACACUUAUAGUCAUAAGAGAUGGUAAACACACUGAAGGAGACCCUUAAUGAAGGAAAAGAUAACAAAGAAUGAUACAACAAGCUGUUAUUCAAACUCUGGGUUCACAAAGUCAAAUAUUGAGAAAGAUGUUAUCACUCAAGGGACUUUCAAGAAAACAAGAAGAAGAAGAAGAAGUCAAACCUACUCUCAUGACAUCACCAAAAUAUGGCCAACAACAACAACGAAAGAUGAUUAUAAAGAGGUAUAUGUAAAAACAUCUCUAGAAACUCAGUUUAUUCUGAAUGUUCAAUAUUUUAUCUCGUUUGUAUCCCAUGCAAAGGAACAUUCAGAUAAACCUAUUCCUUUCUCAGACUAAAAGAUCUUAAACUUCAGAAAAUCCAAAUAGUAAAUUUACUAGAAGCACAAUCAUAUAAGGAAUAAAACUAAGUAAUCUCAUUUAGUGAUAAAAUUGAUACUGAAUAUUUGUAAAUUUACACAAUUGAUACGGAAUAUUUGGAGAGAGAUUAAUGGAAGAACAUCACAUUUCUCACAAGUGUAUUUGAUCUUAUGUAAGUUCACAUAUUUAUAGUACAAUGGUUCUCCAUGAGUGAUAGGAGAGAGAAACUAUUAAGUCUUGCAUGGGCCAUGCAAAUGGGAAAGCUACGUCAAUACAAAAUUAGACAUAUUCAUGUAUCUAAUAUUUAAUAAUAAUAAUAAUAAUAAUAAUAAUAAUAAUAACAUUAAUAAUAAUAACAAUAAUAAUAAGAACAAUAAUAAUAAGAACAAUAAUAAUAAGAACAAUAAUAAUAAUAAGAAUAAUAAUAAUAAGAACAAUAAUAAUAAGAACAAUAAUAAUAAGAACAAUAAUAAUAAGAACAAUAAUAAUAAGAACAAUAAUAAUAAUAAUAAUAAUAUUAAUAAUAAUAAUAAUAAUAUUAAUAAUAAUAAUAAUAAUAAUAGUAAUAAUAAUAGUAAUAAUAAUAAUAAUAAUAGUAAUAAUAAUAAUAAUAAUAAUAAAAAUAAUAAUAAUAAUAAUAAUAAUAAUAAUACUAAUACUAAUAAUAAUAAUAAUAAUAAUACUAAUAAUAAUAAUAAUAAUAAUAAUAAUAUUAAUAAUAAUAAUAAUAAUAAUAAUAAUUGAUAAUGGUAUAUAUCUCAAUAUUUAGCUCCUUCUUAGCUAAUGAGAAAUAUAAAACUGGAAAGAUAUUGAACCUGGCUUCAAUCACAUUGUCUCAAACCUCCAGAAAAUACAAGCCUACUAAUCUACCCUUUAUCCACAAAAUUCCAGAAAUAGACCAGUAACCAACUACCCAAAUAUUCCCAACAGUCACUAAAAAUCCACCUUAUCCUCACUCCUAUAUCAAAGAACCCACUUAUCAAAAUCCCAUAAAGAUCUGGUUGACUUCAUCAACCAUAACAUAAAGCAGAAAUCUAUACACUCCACUGUCCAUACUCUCUUCAAAAAACUCACACCUGGACAAAACAAGUAUAUGACCAAACAACCAUGAUGUACCCAAUGGUCAUAAACUAUUUUGCUUAUCUAAUAUUGGGAUCAAGAGGUUCAAAAAGGAUUCACUUCAAGUGAAACUCUAGUACAUACAUUCAUUCAAAAGGAGAAAACUGGUAGAGCAAGCACAAUCAUGAAACAACAACAAAUCUAAUGAAUUCAUCAAUUAUCAAGUGGUAUUAAUCAAUAUCAGUUGAUACUUAUGAAUGUCAAAAGAUAUUUGUUGUUUUCAAAUAGUAUCAAAGAUCAACAUCAAGGAUCAUCCAAUGAUACUACUAUAAGAGAGUGAAAAGAGAUAAUUUUAUUGAUUGUAGAAUGGUUACAUAUAUACAAUUUAUGAACAGCUAAUUAAGGUAACUAAAUAUUUAGUAUAAUUACAAAUGAUAUCUUGGAUAUAAUCUGCAGAAUAUUUGGUAAUAAGAACAGAUUUACUUUCCUUCUAUAAAUCUACAGAAUUAAUAGUUACAAGGAAAGAUUUACUUUCCUUCUACAUGCCCCCUCAAGCCAGGAGUGGCAGGAGCAAUCCUGAGCUUGGAACGUAAGAGCAGGAAACGACCACAAGAAAGCGGUUUAGUCAGUGCAUCAACGAGUUGAUCAACAGAAGGCACAUGGCGAACGCGAAGCAAUCCUUUCUGAACACGCUGCCGAACAAAAUGAUAGUCGAUGGCGAGGUGUUUCAUGUGGGAGUGAAAAACAGGGUUCACACAGGUGUAAGUUGCACUGAAUUGUCACAUAGCAGAGUUGGAGGAUCGGGAAUUGAGAUUCGAAGCUCUGAGAGGAGGGAUUGAACCCAGGCAACCUCAGCUACAACUGACGCUAGUGCACGAUACUCAACUUCAAUUGAUGACCGGGCAAUUGUCCUUUGUUUAAAUGACUUCCAAGAAAGCAAGCAUGGCCCGAGAAACACCAGGUAGGCACUGGUAGAACAAUGAUCUGUGUGAUCACCAGCCUAAUCAGCGUCACUUUAAGCUGAUAGAGAAAGGGAAGCAGAUUUUGGAAGAAAAAGACCAUGUUGGAUGAUACCUUUGAGAUACUGUAAUACUCUCUUUAGAGCAGUCCAAUCAUCCUCUGUGGGUGCUUGCAUUCGUUGAGCUAGACGAUUAACAGCAAAGGCAAUGUCAGGACGAGUUAAUUGAAGAUAUUGGAGAGAGCCAAUCACGUGCCGGAAAAGCGAAGGAUCUGUGAAUGGACGACUGGUUGAAACCGGCUGAAAUGAGGAAAUCAUGGGCGUUGAGAUAGGUUUAGCAUCCUGCAUUUUCGUAGCCAGUAAGAUGUUAUGUAUAUAAUGGAUCUAGCUUAAAAUUAGUCCAUUAGCACAAGGGUGAAUCUGAACACCAAGGAAAAAGUGUAAUGAGCCCAAGUCCUUUAAUUUGAAUUUUGUAGCCAAGGUAUGAAUAGAUUGUCUAAUGGCAGCAGGUUAGCUUCCAGUGAUAAUGAUAUCAUCAACAUAUACAAGGAUGUACAUCAGAAGAUCACCCUCAUUAUAGGUAAAGAGGCUAGCAUCUGCAAGUGACUGAUGAAAACCCAUAGUUAGCAAGAAGGUGCUCAAUGACUCAUACCAAACACGGGGGGGCCUGCUUCAGGCCAUAAAUAGAUUGUCGUAAAUGACACACAUAAUCAGGAUGAGUUUUGUCAACAAGACCCGGAGGUUGAGCCAUAAAAACCUCCUCUGAAAGCUGUCCAUGAAGAAAGGCGUUGUUCACAUCAAGCUGAUUAUUCAUCCAGUCCCGAGAGAGGGCAACAGCAAGAACAAUCCGGGUAGUUACUGGUUUUACAACGGGAUUGAAUGUCUCGGAGAAAUCAACAUCGGGACGCUGAUGAAAACCCUUAGCAACUAGACGUGCAUUGUAGCGCUCAAUAGCACCAGUAGGAUGAUAUUUAACUUGAAAUACCCAUCGACAACCAACAAUGUUCAUAUUAGGAGCUGGCGGGACCAAAUCCCAAGUUCCAUUAUCCAUAAGAGCGUUGAACUCCUCGUACAUAGCAGCCCUCCAGUGUGGUACCUGCAAAGCUUGAGAAGCACAUGAGGGAAUUAUGUCAGGCAGAGGGGGAUGCUUGGUGGCAAGGUUGAGUUGCUUAGGGUGCAGUCGGGAUUGAAGCCUAGUGGUCAUGGGAUGUAGCCUGGUUGGCUGUUGGGUAUGAGAUAGGGGCAGAUUGGGCUCUCUAACUUGGGAGGAUGGAGUUGGAUUUUGGGAAGGGUUAGGGUGCUGGUCAGCAGGUCGGUCGGGUAUUGGAACAUGGUUCUGCAGCAUUUCAGGACAUGGUUCAGAGGUAGAUUGGGUAGGGUUGGAUCGGAUUGGACUGAUUGGGGUUGAAUUGGGUUGAUUUGUCUGUGGUUGGGCCACGAUAGCAGAGGCUUUUCUACUGCACUGAUAAUGAUAGGGAAAUGGUACAAUAGGAGUAGGAUUAUUCGGUAUGGGCUUAGGUGAGAUUGUGAACAUACCUGACGAGGGAGCCUGAACCGAGGUUGAAUUGGAUGAUGCUGACUGAGCAGGAGUAGUAUCUAUGGACAAAUCAGAAGGAGAAAACAAGUCUUCGUAGGAAGGAUGACUUGGGGAUGUGGUGGCAAGAGGGAAGACUGACUCAUUAAAUAUAACAUCACGAGAGACAUAAUUUUUUUGAGUUUUAAGGUCAAGAGAUUUUUAUGCAUCUUUCUGGGUACAAUAACCUAAGAAAACACAUGGGUGAGACCGAGGAGCAAGUUUAUGAGACACAUAUGGACGAAGCCAAGGAAAACACAGAUAACCAAAGGCUCGAAGUUUAGAAUAAUUUGGCUUGAUUUUGUGAAGGAGCUCAUAAGGCGACAUAUUAUGGAGAGAUGGAGUGGGGUGUCUAUUGAUUAAAUAGACUGCUGUUUGGAGAGCAUAUGACCAAUAUUUUGUGGGUAGAGAGGCGUGAUAGAGAAGAGUGAUACCGGUUUCAACUGUGUGGCGAUGACACCAUUCAGCGAAGCCGUUGCAUUGAGGUGGUGGGGAGGGAAGACUAAAUGAGUGAUCCCUUGAGAUUGGAGAUGUGUGCCCAGUGAAAUAUAUUCACCACCACCAUCCGAAUGAACGACUUUGAUUUUCCUGUUAAAGUAUCGUUCAACAAGAAGCUGAAACUGAUGAAAGGUAGGAAGCACAUCAGACUUACGUUUUAAAGGAUAUAACCAGACAUAUUUAGUGUAAUGAUCAACAAAAAUUACAUAAUAACGAAAACCAUCACACGAAAUAAUAGGCGAAGGUCCCCACACAUCGGUGAAUAAAAUAUCUAAAGGACCAUUAAUAGACAAAGAGGAAGUAGAAAAAGGCAGUCUGUGACUUUUAUUACAAGCACAUGAUUGACAAAUAGAGUUAUGUUGCAUAGAUGACAAGACAGAUAAUCCUAAGGACUGAAUGACUUUCUUGGUAAUUCGUAAAGCGGGGUGACCAAUGUGACAAUGACAAUAAAAAACAGAAGAUCUAAUACUGGAAUUUAAUUGCGGCGACUCCGAAGAAGGAAGUCAGUAAACAUCCCCUUUAUUCAAACCUCGGCACAAAAUUGUCCCUGUGUUGCGAUCCUUCACCAAACAAAAAUAAGGGUGAAAUUCAAUGAGUACAUUAUUGUCAUGACAAAGUUUGGCUACAGAUAGUAAAGUAGAAUGAACAUGAGGGACGAGUAAGGUGUUAGGCACGGAUAAAGUGGGUGCACAAGGUAAAGACAUAUUCCCAACAUGUGUAAUUUUCAAACCUUGACCAUUACCUAUAACCAGGGAAUCAUUGCCAUUAUAAUCAGAGGCAAGGCUCAAUUUGCUCAAAUCAUUGGUCACAUGAUCUGAUGCACCGGAGUCAAGAAGCAUUUCUGGAGUGCUGGAAUUGACUACAUUUGCUUGUGGCUGAUAUCUUGAAUAGCAAGCGGUUACGGUGUGCCCUGGCUUCUUUCAAAUUUGACACUCAACAUAAUCCAUGUUUGAUUUUGGGUUGUUUCUGCACCCUUUCCCUCUAUAAUAAACAGAGUUGUUAUUUUUUGUUUGCUUAUUAGCUUGAGCACUGUUAGGCCUAGAGGGAGUGUAAUUAAGCGAAACAGUGGACGGGAUUGGACCCAAGAGAGAGGGUUGAUAGCCACGAGGCCCAUAUCCAUGGACGGGAUAGGGCUACAAAUAGGCAGCCAUCGGUGCUGAUUGAGGCAACAUCAUGGACUGCCAGUGAGCAAAAUUAGUCGGCGAUACUCCAGAUGGAGGUGGAGUGGACCAGGACGCUGCAGGAUGACGAAGCGCAGCAUUCGCGGUGACCGGACUAGGGGUGGAUUGCUGAUAGAGUCUCCCUUCUUCACAGGACACUAGAUAUUUAUGAAGGUCUUCAAAGGUCCAUUUAUCUCGGCUACCACACAGAAAACCGGCACAUUCGGGAAAUUCAGCCUGGAUUCCAUUGAUGACAUACAGUUUGAAGUUGUUUGGGGAAACUUCCUAGUCAAGUUUGCGCAAUUCGUUGGCCAGAGAAUUGAGAUGGUGCAGAAACUCGACACCGGUUGCUCCAGUUUCUUUCCGGCAUGUUGGAGCCGUUCAGUGAGGUUGAGAAGCCGGGUUGGAGAAGAGUUGGCAUAGAUGUUCUCCAAAGUGACCCAAAUGUCACGGCAGGUACGGGUGGCGGAAACAGAGGAGAGAACUGUUGGACUGAACGAUGUAAUCAUUGCCUGUUGGAGAAGAGCAUCUUGAUCACACCAACGAAGAGUGAUGGGAUCGGUAGUAGAAAGAUCUAUUGAUCCAUCAAGAAGGCCGUGAAGACGCAGGCCGCGAAAGAGACCAUAUAUGGACUUGGCGCUACCAGACAAGGUAGUUUGUGCCAUCAAAUUUUACUGGAAAAUUCGCGACAGUAGGAAUAAAGGGGUUGUCCUUCAGAAACUCAGGGAAAGCAGGAGGGGCAGUCUUUUUUCCGUCGUUGGCCAUAGAGGAUCAAGACUGGUAAAAGCGCAGAAGCUCUAAUACCAUAUAAGAGAGUGAGAAGUGAUAAUUUUAUUGAUUGUAGAAUGGUUACAUAUAUACAGUUUAUGAACAACUAAUUAAGGUAACUAAAUAUUUAGUAUAAUUACAAAUGAUAUCUUGAAUAUAAUCUACAAAAUAUUUGGUAAUAAGAACAGAUUUACUUUCCUUCUAUAAAUCUACAGAAUUAAUAGUUACAAGGAAUGAUUUCCUUUCCUUCCACAACUACAAAGUGCUCUGGAAGGAAAGGAAGGAUCACUUAUUUUAAGAAAAACAAAAUCUUGACAAAAGCCAAAAGUGAUGGGAAUAUUGAGUGGAAAGAAGAUAUCAAAGACUAGAGAUAACAAUCUGAACUCCUCAAAUCCUUGACACAACUUAUGUUAAUGAUUUAAGGAUAUAUUGAGCACACGCCAGUCUAUGACAAACAAUAAAAGACAUCUACUCCUCAAAGAUGUCAUCAAAAAUUGUGCUCACAUGAAAGAAGGAAAUCUCACUUAGAAAGUCAGCAAGCUCCCAGUUGCUUGCUGCAAACUAAUGAUAGUACUAACCCAACUCAUUGAAAACAACUGAAUCACAUCAAAUGCAACUACCUUCUAUUCCAGAUCUAUUUAAAAAUAGAUGUACCAGAUGAUGCUCAACUUCAAUAAAAAAAAUCUCAAAUUACGAAGAAGGUUGAACCAGCAUCAACAACAUCACAUAAAGAUUGUUAUGAUCAAACUCACACCGAAGAUAGAUUUUGAUUAUAUCUACAACAGUGGCAAAAUCUCAAGCAAACUAAGGAUCCUAGCACAUCUACUAUUCUCAAAGCAAGAUCUUGAAUGCUUAUCAAGGAAGAAAUGAAAAUGUCAGAUGAACUCAAAGGUAUCUCUCCUCAUCAAAAAAAACUAUUUUAUUAGGGGGGGGGGGGGGGGUAUCCUAGAGACCCAGGCAAAUAUCACUACAUCUAUCUUGCUAUAUGAGAAGCAUAUCACAAGUUGAGGGGGGACUCAAUACCUCAACAAAAACUCAAACACUGGACUUUGAUGAUAAAGGAGCACCCUAUUGUUUUGUAGUGUUUUAUUUCUAUUAAGAGCAUCCUGCUCUUUUGCAGCGUCCUAAUAAGAAUCAUGAGCAACCUACUUACAGUAGCAUCCUAAUAAAAGAGCUACCUAUUGAAAGCAAAAUCAUGCUAAUAACAGUGUCCUGUUUUUUAAGAUGUCCGUCUCUGAGUACCAAGUCAAGGGACUUAUAGGAGAUCAUCAACACAGGGGGAAUGUUUUAAAGCAAUCAUGCUUAAACCAAGGGAAUCGGUCACAAUGGAAAAUCGAGUACUCUCUAAGUAAAGAAGAUUAUGAAAGAAAGCAACAUCAAAUUCUCAAACAAAAGGCUAAAUCCAGCCCAAUGGAUCAAAUGAAUUCAAAGGAAUGAUUUGCUAAAAAUGCUUUACAAUCCAUAAGAGUUUCUAGGCAUCUUUACAAACAAGUCAACUCCAUUUGACAAAGUCCAGAAACCACAUGACUUGACUAGUUCUGAGGAUCAUGUGGGAUUUGUUCAAUAAAAACAAAUCAUUAUGGUAGAGAUCGGUCAAUGUUCUGGAUAACAAAAGGAUCAUUCAAAAGGAAGAUAAUUUGUAAUCAGAAAUCAAGACUCAAGUCACCGGAACUCUGGGAAAGAAAGAAGGAAGAAGGAAAAAUACAGCAUGAAAAGCAGUUGGCUCAACAAAGUACUGUCUUACCAGCCUACUGAAUUUUGCAGAAAAAUCAGAUGUCUGCUGAAAACAUCAACAAGCAUAUACCCGAUUUCUAUACAAGUUUGGAACAUUACAAACAUGUUUAAAGGAACUAGAAAGUAUUCAAAGAUAAAUUGAGCAAUCGUAACAACAAUCUCAAGUGGUAUCUAGCUUCAAUAGAUAUCAAAUAAACACAUCAAAUUCGACAGGUACUGCUCAACAUUUCAGAUCAAGAUUGAUCUAAAGAAACAUUUCCUGAGAAACAAAGUAUGGGAAUGCUUGACUAAAAUCAGCCAUGCAGAAAAUGACUUAUCUUGAUACCCUUAAAACUACAUGCUGACAUUCAUUAAGGUGUUACAUAAAUGAACAUGAGAGAAGAUUAUCCUCUAUCAAAUCAGAGAAGUGAAGCAAAAUGGAUUUAUAGUAACAUGCAACAUGUUAUCACGACACAUGGUGAUCAAUCAGCUGACUCAUCCCAAGGAGUGGUUUUCAAAGCGGACUCAUAUAAAGCUAAGUGAGUUUGUCUAACCACAUUUUUCUCACUCGUUUAUAUCUAAGUCACCUGUUUACCAUGAAAAGUGAUCCAACCACAAGAUCAUUAAUUAAGAGCAAUUGUUCGGUUACUUCCCAACGGUAACUAGCUUUGAACAGUUACACUCUUGUUGGUAUAAAUACUCUUUUCACCCGAUCAAUUCACCUCACUUCACUCAAUCUCUCACUCAAAGAAAACACCUUUGCAACUUCUCCAAACCUUCUUCAAAGACUAUCAUCCUUCUCGCUUCAAAUGGAGAACUCAUGAAACACUUCAUGUGAUAACAACUUACUUGAACUGACACUGGCUCCCCCAAAACCAAGAAGAAUCACCCUAACCGCAACACAAGAAGAAAGCUUAUCCACUCUUGAAGAGAGGGUAAUCCUCAACAGUGAAAAGGAAGCUCUUGCAAAAGAACCUCAAAGAGUGUUGACUUGGAGAAACAGUAAAGUUUCUCCAAUUGACAUUUUACUACUUACUGCACAACAAUGAAUCAAGAAGAACAAUUUACACUAGGAUGGUUUAGAACACACAAUAUAGAAAAUGCAAUCUCAAUGGGCUACAUCAAUAGAAUCUAUCAGUGCAAAUUGGAAGAAACCAAACAAGCAAAUGAAAGAAGAAAAAGGAAGGCUACAUUAGAAUUGUAUCCUGGAGAAUCAUCUCGACAAAGGCCUUUCUAAACAAUGAAGAAAUACAUUUUGAAUGCUGCCAAAAGGGGGGGGGGGGGGUACUCAAAAACAUUUGGCACUUCAAAUGUACUUUCUUUUGCUUAUUAUGUUUGUUUUUUAUUCCAGUUUUUGGCAUCAUCAAAAGGGGGGAAUUGUAAGAUCCCUUAGAUUUUUAUGAUUAAAGUUUUGAUGAUGCCACCCCCUAUAUCAUGUAUCACUUGAUCUGGAGUUUUAUUCUUGUUGCAUUAUGCUACAAUAUGUGCUGGAAAAACAAUUAGAAAGAAAAAUGGUACGAAAAAGAGUCAGCUGAAUUCUUUCUAACUCGCAGCCUCCUAAAAAUAUAAAAUCAGCAGCCUACUGAUUUUGUCUAAAAAACUGCAGCUAUCUACUGACUUCGUAUUUUCAAGACAAGGCCACUGAAAUCUGUAUUCUUCUCUAUAGAGCAACAAAAACAAGAAAUCAAAAGACCAACUUGCAGUCAAAUAAAAGAAAGGACAAAAAGUAAUUUUUUAUGAAAUUCUUACCACUUCACAAAAAUUUCUUAUAACAUUACUUUUACUAAAAGCAGAGGAGUUAUAUACUAAGGAAGCAUUGAACAAACACCCAGCUUAUAUACUCAACUCUACGGCUAAAGAUUAAAAUUUUAUCAUAGCCAAUUGCUUUGAAAUGAGAAUACAAGUUGGACAAAGUUACAACCCGUGCCACAAGAAGCAAAUUACAGUCUCCAAAUCGACGUGUAUGAGGACACCCGUAGUAGAUCGACGUGUAUCUCAUUUAUCGCAGGUUCAAGCUGACGUUUUUAUGCAUUAUCGGAGAUUGCUAACAAAUCCUAAAAGCCAAUAUUUUAGGCAUAUCCGGUAGUAGAUCGACGUGUAUGAGGACACCCUGUCAAGUCAGCCUCAGAAUAAGCAAUAAUCAGAGAAGUAUCACCUCUGCGAUGCAACCACAACCCCUUAGUGAUGGUACAUUACAAAUAGUGAUAAAUACGCUUGACAACCAAUAAGUGAGCAGUACGAAGAGCAUGCCUAAACUGGGACACCAAAUGAACAACAUAGUAAUAUCUGGUCUAGUGAUACUAAAGUACUAUAAAGCACCAACCAUAUUGUGAUACUCAGUACCAUUAGUAAGAAGUUCUCCAUCAGUCAAGGACAAUGUAUGUAGUGCAAUAAGGAAGAUUUGUGUAGACGGGUUUGAUCGUGUGAAGUUGAAAUUGGUGCAAUAAAUAAGAGAUCUUGUUUUGGUGGGAGAGAAAGAUGACCUUGUGGGUAUGAAGGGCUUGAAUGCCUAAGAAAAAAUGAAUCCUCCCCAAAUCUUUCAUAGCAAAGGUAUGCGAAAGGGUAGAGAUACAGGAGGAAAUAAGAGAGGGGGAACUACCAGUAAUUAGAAUGUCAUCCACAUACAAUAAAAUAUAAAGAGUGUGAGAGCCACGACGAUAAACAAACAUAGUGGAAUUGGAUCUACUAUGAGUAAAACCAUGACAUAACAGAAAACCGCUAAAACGAUGAAACCACGCACGAGGAGCUUGUUUUAACUCAUAAAGUGCUUUAAUCAGACAAGAGAUAUGAGUGGGAUAUGAUGGAUGAACAAAACCAGGAGGUUGUUUCAUAUAUACCUCCUCAGUUAAAUAACCAUGUAAGAAUGCAUUCUUAAUAUCAAGUUGACGAACCUCCUAACCAAAAGAGAGUAAUAGAAAGGAACAAACGCACAACCAAAAAUGCGCAAAAAAGAGUAGUUCAAAGAUUUUUGAAAUAUUUUCUAAAAGAGUAGUAUAAAGAGCAUCAACCCACGGCCACGACCACGUUGACCAUGGUUGUUACGGCCACCACUGCAGGACGAACCACCCUGAUACAAAUUCCACCCUCAAUGGACUGUUCUUUGGGUGUGGGAUUCGAUUAGAAACUAUGCCCAAGACUCCUCACAAAAGAAAUCUUGAAAAUGGUGUUGUCAUUAGUUGUUCCUAGUUGGUCUUGGUUCUGGGAAGCUUAAUGGUUUCAUAAAGAAUGAAAGGUGAAGAAACGUAUGGGUUCUCGCCACUUUCUAAGGAUGAAAUAUAAGAGAACAUAGCUAUGGACGCCACAACCAAAUUGAUAAAUCACACAACUCAAUUGAACUCAAUAUAACGCAUGAGGUUUUGAAAACAAGAAUGUUUUCAUUUUAUGGAAGAAUACAGUGGUCAUUUUUUACAUACUGCUGCAUUAUAUAUACCUAAAUAACUAUCUGAAAUCAUGGAAACGAAAUGUGGAAACGUGGGUGGGCAACUGACCCCCAUUUUCCACUAAAAUAGGUAUUAGCAACAAAAAUGGAUAAGGAUGAACUUUUGUGGCUAAACUCUUUUUGAACCAGAUUUUAUCCUAUAGCUCGGUCAACCAUACUUAACACAUAAAGCUUAAAAUAUAAUGGACUGGAAGUAAAAUCUAAUUCUAAUCCAAUGUUCCAAAGUUAGUUUUGUAUGCAGAAAUGGCCCAUUUGAACAUUUAAGCUCCAUAUUGGCAGCUUGGGAGUUUGUAUUGCCUACAUCAAUUUUAAGUUUCAUUUGGAAAGCUUACUAGGGGUUCCCAAGGCUCCAUAGUCACCCCCCUUGGAUGUGGUCAAGGCCUCCGUCCUACUCUUCUCAAUCCAUGCGCAAAUGGCCUCUUAGAAACGCCUAGCACGAGCUCUUUUUAAUGGACCAUCUUGCACCUGUAACGGGUGUCGUUCUAGGUCAACUUGAGGUGUGAUUCGAAUUGUACUAUACACAUCAACUUCCUCCCCCUCAUAGGAUUCGUCCACGAAUCAGGUUCAUUACCUGCAUCAGAAGGAGUUAAGUGAGCGACAAUAAAAGUAGCACUGACGUUACCAUACUCACUUGGCAGUUGAAUCUUGUAUGUGUUACAUUGAUCCGUUCCAGGACUUGAAAAGGGCCAUCCCCUCUUGGCAGAAGCUUUGGUUUGCGUUGAUUGAGGAAUCUAUCCUUGCUCAAAUGCAGCCAAACAUUUUCCUCUACUUGAAAAAAAAAACUCGUAUGCCCCGUGUUGAUUGAGGUAGCCAGUUGCUCAUUUCUUUUGGAUAUGGCUUGGCUGACGUUUUUAUGCAUUUGCUUCACCCUUUCAGCCUUUCUUGCGCCAUCCAGAUUAGUGAGUUUAGUGUUUGGUACAGGUAAAAGAUCAAGAGGUGUUAAUGGAUUCAAUCCGUAUACAACCUGAAAAGGUGAAUAUCCUGUAGUGUUGUGUGUUUGCCUAUUAUAAGCAAAUUCAACAUAAGGAAUACAUUCUUCCCAAUUUUUUAGAUUUUUACUUAUUAAAAAAGCAGUAGGGUUCCUAGUGUUCUAUUUACUACUUCAGUUUGUGUUUGGGGAUGACUUAUAGUAGAAAAUAAAAGCUUGGUUCCCAAUUUUAACCAUAAAGUUUUCCAGAAAUAGUUGAGGAAUUUGACAUCUCGAUAAGAAACAGUUGUUUUUGGCAUACCAUACAACCUAACUAUUUCUUUGAAGAAAAUAUGACCAAUAUGGCACGCAUCAUCUGUUUUAUUACAGGGAAUGAAAUGAGCUAUUUUGAAAAAUCUAUCAACUACCACAAAUAUUGAGACGUGCCCAGAUUCACUCUGGGGUAUUCCUAACACAAAUUCCAUUGAUAGAUUUAUCCAAGGAUGAGUAGAAACAGGCAAAGGAAGAUAUAAUUCAUGAGACAUACACCUUGACUUUGCAUGUUUGCACGUAAUGCAGCAAGAACAACACGUAUAUACAUCGUGUUUUAGUUUUGACCAAUGAAAAUGUUCUUGAAGUAUAUCACAUGUUUUGUGUACCCCAAAAUGCCCCAUUAACCCACUACUAUGGGCUUCUCUAACAAGUAAUCCACGAAAUGAGCACUUGGGCACACAUAGUUUAAUACCCUUGAAAAGAAAACCAUCAUUCAUGUGAUGUUUUUCAUGUAUGCCGUUAGUACAUGCAUAAUAUAUAGCACCGAAUUCAGAAUCAUCAACAUAUAAAUCCUUAAUAUGCUCUGUAACACCGUCCCUAAGUAUAUUUACCUUUUAGUAAAUCAUGUAAUGAACAUUGAAUAACGAUUUAUGAAUUUACAAGGUUGUAAAAUUUUUGUUAUUACUUUUCCGUGAAUAGUGAAUUGCACGCGGGGCCCGCAUCGGGAGCGGGGACAACCUGAUUAUCCCGGGACCACAUAUUAUAUUCAUCUUGGUUUAGAUAAUAUUUAUAUGGUGGUGGAUAUUUUAGUUGGGCCAUAGAAAGGGCAUGGGGUUGACACGUCGGUCAAACGAGGCCCAAUUACCGGUAUUGGUAAUUUAUUAGAUAACAGCUCGAAACGGAUUUCGGAGACUUCUAAAUUAAAGAUGAGGAAUGUAUAUUCAUUCUAAGAGUCCAUAAUGAUGGGAAACAUAUAAUAUAUUUUAUUUGACCCGAUAAAAUAAAAUAUAAUUAAAACGGUCCAAAAAAUACAACUUUCGGGACCGAUUGUACACAUCGGGACACAAACGGUUGACCUCCCAUAUGGGUGGGCGCCAACCCAUGAAUUUAUCCACUCAAUUAAGGGGGUUGGCCGGCUGGUGUGAUGGAAGUUCAUGGGAGGGGAGUGUGAAAGGAGGGGAAUGGCAUCAAAGGUACAAUAGGGGACCCAUUCCCACAUUAUUUUGAGAGAAAAGCCAAAGAGGCUAUCUCCUCACUCACCCACUCCAUUACUUUCAUCCAAGCUACCAAAAGAGGAGGAAAAGGAAGCUCUCAAGUCAUUCUACAUUGCUGUAACUCGAGCUCAAACAAAGGGGUCCAAAGAAGAAGAUUAUAGGUGGAAAAAGCUAGGAAAAGUGUGAAAAUUAAGGUAAUAACAUAUGAGAUAAAUAUCAUAUGGAGGACCCUUAGGAUUGUUCUACAUGGUAUGAGUGUGGAAUAAUGGGUUGGGAGGUAGUUCUAAGUCCAAGAACGGACUUAGAAGCCAAAACGACCGGUUCGCCGGAAAAUAACCUUUUAGAGGUUAUUUGUAUUGAUAUGAGUUUUGUGAUGAGGAAACUAUGUUAGGAGCAUAACUAAAGUUUUUCUAGAGCUCGCCGGAGUUUCGCCAGAGUUCACCGGAGUUUUGCCGGAGUUCAACCGAAGAGCGUAGAACACGCUUAAGCUCAUUUAAGGUGAGUGGACGGCUUAAUAUCUUAUAACUUUUGGAUUAAUUUUGAGAUUACCUAAAUAAAUGUUAUAUGUAUUCAUAAUGAUGUUUAAAAGAUAUUUAAAUAUGUGAUUAGCCAAAGUGAUUAGGCAUGUAUGAAAUGAAGUACAUGAAUAUGCGUGGAAUAUGAUAUGAGAAUUUCUAUGAAAUUGCAUGCCAUGUUUGAAAGGUAAAAGAAGCAUAGAGUGAAUAUUGUUAACUGAAUAUAUAUGAUGAUUAAGUUGAUAUGUAUAAGGCUUGAGAUGACGGUUAACGAAAACGUUGACCGAUUGAUGAUGGAUUAAUUAAUACUGGUUGGUAUUAGUUAAUUAUAAAUUGAUAUAAACGCAUGGCUUGCAUGAAUUGAAAUACAUAAGCUUUAUGAAGUUAUUUAGCUAUGAAUAUGAUAUAGACUCUAUCUCUGUUGAUAGGAGGUUGAGCAUAUAUUAUAAACUUGGUGGAGGACCCUAGGACUAAAAGUCCUUAACACUCCUAUUAUAAACUUGGUGGAGGACCCUAGGACUAAAAGUCCUUAACACUCAUAUUAUAAACUUGGUGGAGGAUCCUAGGACUAAAAGUCCUUAACACUCACAUUAUAAACUUGGUGGAGGACCCUAGGAUUAAAAGUCCUUAACACUCAUAUUAUAAACUUGGUGGAGGACCCUACUAAGAGUCCUUAACACUCACACUAUAAACUUGGUGGAGGACCCUAGGACUAAAAGUCCUUAACAUUCAUAUUAUAAACUUGGUGGAGGACCCUAGGACUAAAAGUCCUUAACACUCAUAUUAUAAACUUGGUGGAGUACCCUAGGACUAAAAGUCCUUAACACUCAUAUUAUAAACUUGGUGGAGGACCCUAGGACUAAAAGUCCUUAACACUCAUAUUAUAAACUUGGUGGAGGACCCUGGGACCAAAAGUCCUUAACACUCAUAUUAUAAACUUGGUGGAGGACCCUAGGACUAAAAUUCCUUAACACUCACAUUAUAAACUUGGUGGAGGAUCCUAGGACUAAAAGUCCUUAACACUCAUAUUAUAAACUUGGUGGAGGACCCUAGGACAAAAAGUCCUUAACACUCAUAUUAUAAACUUGGUGGAGGACCCUAGGACUAAAAGUCCUUAACACUCACAUUAUAAACUUGGUGGAGGACCCUAGGACUAAAAGUCCUUAACACUCAUUAUAAACUUGAAAUAAAGAUAAGGAGGAGUCAUAUGCACUCAUAAGUAUAUAUGGGUGGGUUGGGGUUUUUAGUCAAGAAUAUUGGCUAUUAAUAUUUUCCCAAAUAAAACGGUGAUCUACGGAUCGGGUAUUUUCCAAGUGUACAUGUACUAUCAAGUAUUUCUUAACUUGGGGGAAGAGACUAUUUAUAUAAGUAUCACCCUAUGUUUGGGUCUUGUACUUGAAACACUAGUUAUUCUAUAUUUAGCUUGCUACUCGCUCGGUACUUGUACUAACCCCUUUUGGGGGGGCCACCAUUUCAGGUUGAAGCUAAGAGUACUUGUCAUCUAAACCUUUGCACGGGUGAAGAGAAUUCAGAGGAAGACGUGGUUCGUGCUUCCUUUACUAUGUCAAACGAUAAACUGUGCUCAUCGAUACUUUUGUAUUAAUACAUUGUUUUUGGCCUGCGAGCCUACGUUUUGGCCAUGAGUGACCCACGAUUGAUUAUUGAAUAUUUCCGCUAUUUGAUUUAUCUAAAUUGUGAUGUUGUUAUGUAUGUUUACUACUGAGUAUGGAUAUGUUAUGUUCAUGGACGCCUUGUAUGACUAAGACACGUUGACUUGCGAGUGACGUCACUUGGUCAUACGACGGUUGUACACGCGCUUAGAUGCGGUCUGGGGCGUGACAAUUAAGUGAUAUCAAAGCCAUCUCAGUUCUAAACUAUGUAAUCAACCUCUCACAAGAGAUUUUGCAAAAAGGAACUUUUACCGAAAACCAUGAGCAUUGUAUUUUGACGUUCAUUGAACUAUUGUUACAUGGGUUGUAACACCGUCCCAGAGUAUAUUUACUUUUAGUAAAUCAUGUAAUGAACCUUGAAUAAUGAUUUAUGAAAUUACGAGAUUGUAAAA